ACCACUCUAGAAACUAUCGGUAAUACUGAUAUAGGGGCAUACUUACGGGGGACUUUAGUGAGAUGAGAGGCGCGGUACUGGGACUUGCUCUGUUGCCUCUGAUACUGGGGCUUCAGAGCCACCAUUUUGACCACGAUGUUGAUGUCAAGCAUCCAGAAAGUGGGGAACACGUGAAGCUUAGAAGUAAAGGUCGUCUGAGUGAAACCAUCGACUUGGACAGGGUGUCUGGAAUCAAGAGAGUGAUAUGUCAGGAUCAAAAGAUUUUAAUCGCUGUGGAACACAAAGGGAUCGGGAGAAACUGGAAGAAAGGUCAAGUGGUGAUGGGGAGUCCGAAAUGGGACUGCACUCUGAAUACGUUACCCGGGAGUCCGUCAAAACAAAGAGGUGUCUACGCCAAAAUUAAGGAGAUCUUCUUCCCAACAGAGACCGGAGUAGUCCUUCACACUCAAUCUGUUAGAGCCUUUGAUGUAAUAGACGAAGCGGACAUUAAAUUCCGCUAUACCCCUGGAAACAGUGCAUCUCAUCCACCAGAAACACGGAGAAGACAUCGCCGGUACAUUGCCAAUGUUUUGUCCGAACUCCUAGGAAACAUCACAUGGCAGUACAGUGACACAACCUCUAUUCCAUGGAAUAAAGAUGACUCUGGUGAGAUUGGAUCCUUUGGGUUAGCAAUCGGAGAAAACGACACAGACUACCGCUACACUGAGAACGUAACAAACAAUGACGUCAUGAGUUUCGUCUGUGAGGACUGCAGUGGAACAUCCCACAUGUCUUAUGAAUUUGACUUGAUCAUAAAGAAGAACGCCAUGAAUGAACCAGAGAUCCAUCGCUACCUUAACAAACUGGAAUCAAAUACUACAAUAAAUUUGAAAUCAAGUUUCCAGACUUCAAAAGACAUCAAACUAGAGUUGCACAAAGAGAUGGAAGAAUUACGUGUUCCUCCGACAAUGUUGUUCUCUGUGCCUCUCGCUCAUGUGCGAAACCUCCCGCCAGUGAUGCUGACAGUAAAAUACACGGGAUCUACACAUGUUGACUUGCACGUUGACACAAGAUCAGCCGUUUCUAUGGAAACGGAUAUUGAAGUUGGAGGAAAAUACUCUUUUGUUCAUGAAUACAGUGGAACUUCGGCGCUAGGGGGAGACGUAGUCCCACAUAAUUGGACGUCCACUACUCAUCGCAAUACUGUAAAUGGCGACAAAGACAUGUCCGUCAACGUAUCAGUGUAUCAGCAGAUACUAUUCAACACAACCAUUGGGUGGUUUGCACGCGACAUGGAAAUAGAUUUUUCACCGCCAAUAAACUAUAAGUUGAAACCGACUAUUCGUGGUAAAUCUGCUGUUAACGACGCGCAGCGUUGCACCACAAAAUCGGCUGACCUAAGUGGAGAAUUCAAUGUUACAGAGGCGAGACUCACGGUCGAAGCCUUCGGAGUGUCAAUAUGGAAUAGCUUAAUUGCAAAGGGCUUCAACAAAAAAGUGAGUUUUGAGAAUGACACUUUGUAUCAGAAGUGUUCAGCGGAUUGUCCAAUUUCAACCAAGACAUCACUAUAUGACGGACUCGCGAUGUCAGAUGUUGUGGGAAAUCCAAGAAUGUCGAUCAGUAGAAAAGAUCCCGACUUCAGAAUUUUGACUCAGAUGUGGGGAGACAAUGUCCUGUUUUCGUCAGAGGAGGCGAACGUUUCUUCUUGGUGCGGGGCCCCUGGUCGUCCCUGCGGAAGAUGUGUUUAUCGUGGAGCCGAUGACAUUAACCAGGCGUGUGCUGACCGACUGAUGGUUCCAAAACUAGCAACAAAAAUCAGCCGUCUUGGGAAAUAUGUUUCUGCUGAAUGGCCAGAUAAAAAACUGGUAGUUGUUGAAGCAUGGGAUGAACCAACUUCCUCAAAUCCGCACGGAAGACAUGGUGAUGAGAGCUUAUAUUAUGAAGGAAGAGCAGCCCAGCUGGCUUUAACUUACGCCAGCAACAACUUUUCAGUUUCCCCGCCUGUUAUUAAAGAUGAUAAAGAUAACAAGCGCCUUGAACAAAUGGCAAUUUGCUCAGGUUUCCAGUAUGUGUCUAAAGUGAACAUAGAAGCAGGCAUAGAGGUUGCAGUAGGUGAAAAACAAGCUCCUACAAGUGAAGUUAAAAGGACAAAGAAAGUUUCUCUCACUGGCAAAGAUGCAGCGGAUAAAGCAGCCAUGGUCAACGCAAUGAGACGCCUUGGGUCUAUAUUGCCUGGAAAGAAGUGUCCUGAUUUUGGCUUGUUGAAGCUUGAGAGUGGGGCAUCUUUUCCUUCUAAGUAUCAUGGUGAGGUGGAGGCCGCUGUGGGUCCUCCUCUAGGGCAAAUUCAUCGAGAAAACUCUGAGGAAAUGAACAAGUUGUAUGAGUACCAGUUUGACGAUUUCGAGUUUCUUCAUGAAAGACGAGAAAAUCAAACUGAUGAACAAUGCGGAACAAUGAGAAAAUGCCAGGAUGGAAGCUUUUCUAAUGCAGAGGACCCUUGGAGCUGGAGUGCCAAUCGUGUCAUGGCCCCUAGACUUGCAUUUCGCAUGAGAAGAUUAGCAUUGAUUGCAAAAGAUGAGUUGCAGGGAUUGAACAUCACCGUGGAGAGGGCUUUUGCUGACAAAGUGGACCGACAGGAGUCCAAACUGUUUCUUGAAGGAAGGGGAGCACGACUUACAGUGAAAGAGAACCCCAACGUCACUAUUCCUAUUCUUGGGCAUGCUGCAAUAUGUGCUGGCUUUGAUUUUGUUCGCAAUGUCGAUAAUGUUGCAAUUGAGGUAUUUGUAAAACUGCAGGAUGGAUUUAGAACCACUCUGAUUCCUUAUCACAGUGGUGAGGUACUUAUUGCUGUCGCCCCUCCUUCAUCAGAGGAAGGUGAAUAUUCCUACAGUGCGGAGUUUGACCACGAGAACAAGAAACCUCUUCUAGUAGAUGGAGCAAGGGAAGAAAUAAAAUUGUCCAAACAUUUCAAAAUAGGUGACUUCAAAUUCGAAGGUCAUCGUUUCUUGCGCAUUGAUCCCUCUCUCGUCGAAUGUUUAGAACUAACACAGCAGGACUUCAGAGGUAAAAUACAAAUACUAACAGGGUACAGACCAAAAUCUGCUAACGAACAAGAGGUAGCCUGGAAUAGGCGACAACUAGCAAGGUUCCAGAUGGGCCAAGCAGCUGAAAUAAUGCCCAGAAGUGAUGAUGAAGUACUUAACCUGGCUAAGAUGUUGAUGGUUACAUGUACCCCAUUCCUCCGUUUGCAGAGAAGAGGAUUAGGUGUCCACGUGAAACAACUUGAAGAAAUAGGAAAAAAUAGCAUCCAUGUUGAUCUUUAUCCUCUCCGUGACGACAACAGAAUUAUUGAUUUGAAGAUAAAUUCUAAAAUUAACAAAGAAACUGAGUGUAUGUGGAACGAGCUUAAGUUAUACUGGUCAGAAAUAACAAAGGGUGGUCCAGGUAUCAUACCAUAUGAUACCAAAAGUGCAUGUAAGAAGCCUGACCUCGAGAAGAAAACUUAUCUAAACUUUAACCUGAACAGACCAGGUUUCUGCUUACAAUUCCACGAUAAGAAAUUCUGCCAGAACUCUACCAAAGCCAGGGAAGAACUCGGGGAUGAACUUUUGAAACAAUUGCAGAGUGUGGCAGGAACUGAUCGACUGGACAUAACAACAACUCGUGAACAGAUUAAACAGUGUAUAGUCACUGGCUGUGGGGGAUGUUCAGGAUCUGGGAAGAAGUGGGAUGGUAAGGUACGGGUGUGUUCAGAACUCGUGGACAACUUUAUGGAGCAUGCCAGUAUACCACUGCUGAAGCCAACAGAGAGCAUGUCCUUUUUCAACCCGGAUAAUGUUGAGUCAGCUUCGCAUGCGUAUGCCUGUAAGAAAGAUGGAACCAAAUGUCAAGAAACAGUACAGCUAUACUCGAUAUUCCAAACUUUACUAGCAAAAACGUACAAACCGAAUCCCAACACGAGUAUCGAGGAAGAAGUAUUCGGUGCCACAGACAAUCCUAGCCCUCUUCUACAGAUUGUGGAGCAGGAGAUUGCUAUGAAUGUCUCGGGAAAUGUAUCUGUUGUAAUAGACCGUUACAAAGAUAUUUCUGCUCUUCGGAGUGUUCUAAAGGUUUUGAUGAUCCACAACCGGAAGGUCAAUUUUGUAAACUUUCACGUCAUGCACGGUGUGAAUCCGGACAAGAUAGUUACCACUCUACAACGGAAGCUGGAGACAUGGUCCGGUUUGUCCUGUCCAAAGUGGAGCAGAUUUGCCGCUUCUCCUUUCACUAUUGAGGUGAUAUCCAAGGAAAGAAAGAAACGAAGCAUUGAGGACAGCAGGCAGCGGAACGAGGCUCGAAAACGAAAACGAGACUGGGAACGAGAUUGGAUAUUGCGAACAUAGCUCUUUUUCUGGCUCGAACUUUUUUAUAUUCGUGAUUUGUUUAAAAAUAAAGUAUCAGCA